GAUAUAACUAUUCAACAGUAUAACCAAUGUAAAUUGCAAAAAUCUAUGGUUACCAAGAUUGUAAACAAUUUUUGUUGUUUGCUAGGAAACAGGUAAAAAAUGAUUUAGUAAAAAUAACUGACGUAGAUAUUUUGUUUGAAUAUUAAAGUUGUUUAAAUACAUAAAUAUGAUGCCAAUAGAAAUAAAAUUGGAAUCAAAUGACGAACAAGAACAAGUAAAAGUUAAAAUAGAACCUGUAACUGAAAAUGACCUAAAAACAGAUAAUUCAAGUGUUGAUUUACCGGAAGAACUAUGUCCACAAGUUAAAAUAGAACCAUCAGCAUGUUCCUCAAGCGAAAAUGUGAUAAAAACUGAAAUAAAGUCGGAAUUAUACGGGGAUAUCGAUAUUAAGCAAUAUAACUUGGAUGUAUCUGAUAAUAUCGUAGAUAUUCACGAAGAAAACUUGAAUAUAUCGUUUGAAGAAUUGAAUGCAUUAAACGACGAUUUUACUAUAAUUGAAAACGAAACGACUGUGUACAAGUGUCAAAUAUGUGGAGACAUUUUCAUCAAGUAUCAAGAAUACAGAUUACAUAAAAAGAAUCAUUAUAUAGAAAAGAGAAGAUGCCACAUUUGCCAUAAAGUUCAACAGAGUCUCGGUGUGCUAGAAGAACAUGUUAACAAGCAUCUGGGUCUCAAACCGUACAAAUGUGAAGAAUGUGACAAAUGUUUUGCUUCAAAGAACCAUCUUAGUUUACACAAAAGAUGCCAUAAUACUAGCGAAAUUUAUAAAUGCGCGAAAUGCGGAAAGGAAUUUAGAACUAGUGCUUCGUUACGUAGUCACCGUUUUGUGCAUUAUGAGAAGAUAAUUGAAGAUUUUAAAUGCAAGGUUUGCGGUCACAGUUCAGUCGACGAAACCAAGCACAAACUCCACAUGUCGAUGCACGCGAAAAAAGCCGAAAUUAAAUGUGGAUUGUGUAACAAAGCUUUCAAUACCGAACGUGGUUUAGAGAGUCAUUUAAGUACUCACAAUGAAUUACAAUUUCCGUGUGAAUUUUGCGGUAAAAUAUACCCUUCGAUGUACAGGAUCAAGAGGCAUAUUAAAAGAGCUCAUGCGCCUUGCAAGUGUGAACAUUGCGGUCAGGUAUUUCAUGAUCGUUUUCUUUAUAAUAAGCAUAUUAAAGAACACAGCCAGCAAACCAAAUACGAAUGUGAAUACUGCCAGAAAGUUUUUGAAAAAGCCAAAAACUUAUCGGAACAUUUCCGUCUUCAGCACAAACAAGAUGACGAGAAAAGAAAGUGCCCCAUUUGCGAAAAGGAAUUCAUCAAUAAGGCAUUAUUGAGAAACCACAUUAAAACUCACGAUAAAUGCUUCAAAUGUAAAGUUUGUGAUAAAGUUUUCUCAUCCAGAUAUAAUUUGGAAAUACAUACAAACACACAUUCCGGCGCUAAGAAUUUCAAGUGCGAUAUUUGUAAUAAUUAUUUUGCUAGCAAAACUAGUCUCAAAAAUCACAUCGCUACCCAUUCCGAAGAAAGGAAGUUUCAGUGCGAGAUUUGCGCUAAAACAUUCAAAACUUCGAGAAGAUUAUACACUCACAGCCAAAGUCAUGCUACAGAAGAAAAAUAUCAGUGCGAAAUUUGUCUUCAGAAAUUUAGAGUUAAACAGUACCUCAAAGCUCACAUGUACAGACAUUCCAAAGUAAAACCGUUUUCGUGCGAUGUUUGCCAAAAACGAUUCAAACAUAAAAAGACUAAAGAAAAACAUAUGCGUAUAGGAAAACAUCAACAAAAAGUUCCGGAAGGGCAAGAAGAACACGAUUGCGAUUUUUGUGACGAAACUUUUUCGAGUAGAGACUUUUUACUCGAUCAUUUCGCCGCAGUUCAUCAUAACGAAAACGUAAUCAACGAAUGCGGUACAGAAGAAACUGACACUAAAGAAUUAAAUCACGGUGAUGGCGAUAAUGUCGAUGAGGUUAUGAAAACGGAAACAGACGCUGUGGUAUUUUAACAAAGUAAGUGAAAAAUUUACGCCAAAUAAAAAAAAAAUUACGAUACAUUUCAAUAUAAACAUUUGAUUCAUUAAAAAUUAUUAAUUAUCGACUUGUAACUACCUCUUUGUUUUAUUAAAGACGUGGAGUGUCUAGAUGUUAAUUGUAAAGUAGUUUCUUGGAAGUUUGUGGAUGAUUAACGAGGUUAAGGAUGUGUUUCGAUGAUAAUUCACAGCAUAUUGUUGUGGAUAGGUUAUGAUAUAAAUUUUAAGGUCCUAUUGUAUAUAAGACAAGUGUUGAGACUUGUUAUUAAUGUAGUAAUUUAUUAUAUAUGAUUAUUCAAUGUGAAAUAUGACAUUUUUAUUGAAGUGUAUGUUAUACGCAGCUAUUUUCGAGUCUUUAACCAAGGAUACGAGGUGCAACGUGGAAUUAAUCUUUUUAGUUGAAGUGAAUAUUUAAUUUUACAAAGAAAUGUCGGUUCGUUUGGUAGAAUUUGAGGGAUGAGAGUUUUUGUACAGUUUUUAGUACGAAAUUUUAAGUGCCUAUUUGUUGCUUUAUAUUUGUCACUAAAUUUUUCAUUAUCGAGUUGAUUUGGGUGGAAAAAAAAAGGAAAAAAUUGAAAACUAUUUGUGUCGUGUGAACUAUUAAUUAUUCUUAUAUAUUUUGAAUCAAAGUAGUGGUGUAGGGGUGAAGGAGUUUCGUUUUUUUGACAUUAUGUUUAUGACGUAAUUUCUUUUUUAUUUUAAAGUAAUUUUGUAUAGCAAUAUGAAAAUGUGGCAUGUGAAAUUUGUUUGUUUAACCUAACCUCAAAAUUUAAGAAGAAACUCGAUUUUUGACGUUUUUUCGCACUGAAUUGAAUAGAUUUUAUUAAAACUGACGAAAAUGUAGCUUUUCUGUACCUAUCUAUUCUAAAAAAUUGAUAUUAUAUCAGAAACAUUGAAAAUUCGUACUGUUUUUGAAAAAAUUUUGUAUUUUCGUAAAUUUAACAUAAAUUUCGACUUUUCUACCAAAUUUGAGAAAUCAAUUUCGAUAUUUUUGUAUAGAAAAAAAUGUUUUUUCCGUUUUUUUUUCCAACCAGAAUCAACUAACCAAAAGUGGUGAAUGAGUAGAAAAAAGUUUCACAUUUCGGGGUUAUGUCUUCGACGUAAUAUCUUAUCUUAAUUGUUGAGUGUACUUUGAAGUUUCAGCCUAUUGUUGCAGUUGAAAUUAAUAAAAACUCACCAUAAUGUAUCACAAAAAAUUUAAAAACAAACAACUAAAUCAAUUUUAGCAAAAGAAAAUAAUUAACAUACUUCACAUCGAUAUACAUAACCUAAAAAAGCGAAUUUUUUUACUAUCCAAUCCCUUUUUGGUUUUAUUUUCAUAAAUUUUGUCUAUUUUCAUGGUUUUUCUCCGAAUUUUUGUCUAUUUUCAUGGUUUUUCUCAGAAUUUUUGUCUAUUUUCAUGGUUUUCUUCAAGUUUUUGUCUAUUUUCAUUGUUUUUCUACGAAUUUUUGUCUAUUUUCAUGGUUUUUUUCAGAAUUUUUGUCUAUUUUCAUGGUUUUCUUCAAGUUUUUGUCUAUUUUCAUUGUUUUUCUACGAAUUUUUGUCUAUUUUCAUGUUUUUUCUUCGGAUUUUUGUCUGUUUUCGUGAUUUUUCUUCGAUUUUUGUUUAUUUUUUAGUUUUUCUUCGAAUUUUUGUGUGUUUUCAUGGUUUUUUCUCCGAAUUUUUGUCUAUUUUCAUGGUUUUUCUCCGAAUUUUUGUCUAUUUUCAUGGUUUUUCUCCGAAUUUUUGUCUAUUUUCAUGGUUUUCUACAAGUUUUUGUCUUUUUUCAUGGUUUUUCUUCGGAUUUUUGUCUGUUUUCAUGGUUUUUCUUCGAUUUUUGUUUAUAUUUUAGUUUUUCUUCGAAUUUUUGUCUAUUUUCAUGUUUUUUUUCAGAAUUUUUGUCUAUUUUCAUGGUUUUCUUCAAGUUUUUGUCUAUUUUCAUUGUUUUUCUACGAAUUUUUGUCUAUUUUCAUGUUUUUUCUUCGGAUUUUUGUCUGUUUUCGUGGUUUUUCUUCGAUUUUUGUUUAUUUUUUAGGUUUUCUUCGAAUUUUUGUGUUUUCAUGGUUUUUAUCCGAAUUUUUGUCUAUUUUCAUGGUUUUCUUCAAGUUUUUGUCUAUUUUCAUGGUUUUUCUCCGAAUUUUUGUCUAUUUUCAAGGUUUUUCCUUGAAUUUUUGUCUAUUUUCAUGGUUUUUCUCCGAAUUUUUGUCUAUUUUCAUGGUUUUCUUCAAGUUUUUGUCUAUUUUCAUGGUUUUUCUUCGGAUUUUUGUCUAUUUUCAUGGUUUUUCUUCGGAUUUUUGUCUGUUUUCAUGGUUUUUCUUCGAAUUUUUGUCUGUUUUCAUGGUUUUCCUCGAAUUUUUGUCUAUUUUCAUGGUUUUUCUUCGAUUUUUGUUUAUUUUUUAGUUUUUCUUCGAAUUUUUGUGUGUUUUCAUGGUUUUUCUCCGAAUUUUUGUCUAUUUUCAUGGUUUUUCUUCGAAUUCUUGUUAAUUUCACAUUGAAUUUUUCAUAAUGAGUAAAUGUUAAUUUACGUAGUUGUCAGAUUUUCCGCGAUUUCGUAUUUUCUGUUCUUGAAUAUCAAUAUUCUGCACUCGAGUUUUUUUCUUAUAAAAAUAUUUUCAGACGUAAUUUUUUUUUCACAAAGGUGUAAAUUUUUUUAGGAAAAUACGAUUUUUUUUAUUAGAGAUUCAUUUUUCUAGUAUUUAAUAUGAUGAUAGUUUUAAAGCUUGUAAAAGGUUAACCAAAUAAAACGAACAAAAUCUAGUAUUAGACUGCAUUUCAUCUAAUUAUUAUUUUCUAAUUGAUUCAGGUGUAAAAUAAAGCUGUAAUCACUUAA